UUUUAUUUUUGCUGAUUUUGGUCAACAAACCCAUUUUCGUCUCCAUCUUCUCCACAAUCAAUACCCUUUUGGAUCAGUAACAACUCAUUACUUUCAUAAAAUGUAAUCUCAACUAUGAUCGAUCACAUGGCGUCACCAUCUCAGCAGAAGAAAACCCUACCGUCGAUAUUAACAAGCAAGCUCAACAACCUCACUAUCCCCUCAUCACCCACUGAUCCAGACUUCGAUUUUGCCGAUGUAUUUGGCCCAUCUUCAUCAUCUUCAACCCACCCAAACCCUCCUCAUCAUAACCUGUUCAUUGGUGACCCCCCAAUCAUCCAUAAUCGGACCCACUCCUUCAUAGGCCCUUCUCCUCGUUACACCCGUUCCAAAUCCCUCCCUUUCCACCCCCAAUUUGAUCCCAAUAGCUCCGGAGAAGAUGAACCCGAAAAAGCUGAUGAAUCUGAAGUUGAAGUUGAAGAAAAAGGGAAAUUGAAUUGUAAGAUUGGGCCUGGGGACUUUGAGAUUAUGAGGGUUAUUGGUAAAGGGUCUUUUGGGAAGGUGUUUCAGGUGAGGAGGAGGGAUAAAAGUGUCGUUAAUGUCGACGGUGAGUGUGCGAUUGGGGACGGGAUAUUCGCGAUGAAAGUGAUGAGAAAGGAUACUAUUAUUAAAAAUAAUCAUGUGGAUUAUAUGAAAGCUGAAAGGGAUAUACUUACAAAAGUUGUUCAUCCAUUUGUUGUGCAGCUUCGUUAUUCUUUUCAGACAAAAACAAAGCUGUAUUUGAUCCUGGAUUUUAUCAAUGGAGGCCAUCUUUUCUUUCAUUUAUAUAGACAGGGGAUAUUUAGUGAGGAUCAAGCAAGGGUUUAUACUGCUGAGAUAGUGUCGGCUGUGUCGCAUCUUCAUGAGAGAGGGAUCGUGCAUCGAGAUCUUAAACCUGAAAACAUACUCAUGGAUGCGGACGGGCAUGUUAUGCUAACCGAUUUUGGUCUGGCGAAGGAGAUUGAUGAGUCGAGCCGAUCAAACUCGAUGUGCGGAACAACUGAAUACAUGGCUCCUGAAAUAUUACUGGCUAAAGGCCAUAACAAAAAUGCGGAUUGGUGGAGUGUUGGGAUACUCUUGUAUGAAAUGUUAACCGGGAAGCCACCAUUCACACAUUCCAACAGAAAGAAACUACAAGAGAAGAUAAUCAAUGAAAAAGUGAAGUUGUUACCACGGUUAAGCGGUGAAGCUCACUCUCUUCUGAAAGGACUGCUACAAAAGGACCCUUCAUUAAGACUAGGAAGUGGGCCCCGUGGCGGUGAUGAUAUAAAAAAACACAAAUGGUUUCGAACAAUAAACUGGAAAAAACUGGAGUCCAGGGACUUGCAACCAAAGUUCAAGCCGGAUGUCAGCGGUGAAGAUUGCACUGAAAACUUUGACAAGUGUUGGACCGCAAUGCCCUUAGACGACUCACCUGCUCCUACACCAACUGCGGGUGAGCAUUUUCAUGGUUAUACUUAUGAGGCACCUAAUCCUUGGCUUUCGUCUCCUCAAUAAAGCAGUUGAAAAUGUGAAUUUGUCCCCAAUUUGUCGACCCCCCACCCCCCGUUUAUUUGUUUCUUUGAUAAUAUAAAGCAUCGUAUAAAUGUGAUAUAUAGCUCUAAUUGCUUCCUUUUCGACAACCUUAUAUUUAAUUGUAACCUCGAGGCCAAGAAAAUGACUUAGCUGUCGAAGGUCUUUCAUAUAGAAUCGAACACAAUAUUCUAUCAGUUGUGAACUUGUGAUAUAGCUUCUUCAA